CGAUUGAUUGUCAAGGAAUGGGCCAAGCUGAAGUAUGGGGUUUUCGAUGAAACCCAUCGAUCGGCGUCGGAUCCGUCUUCGCCGAGUUACUACACCCCGUUUGGCAUUUCUGGACCCGAAGAACCCGUGCCGACCAGGUGCUCUAACAUACCCGUCAAGGGACACAGAAAUUGCGUGGGGCCAACGUGUCACUUCCUGCCUUUGGACAAAGUUGCAGAGAAUGACGGUGUCGUGUCGUCGUUGAUGUCGUAUCCGGAUCUGCCUCAGAAUUUCUCCUGGCCCAGUCGGAAUGGAUACGAGGCCAACUUUCAAAUUCGUGCAGCCAAAGAAAUCAAACCUUGUGCUGGUCGUCCAAGCGACUCAAGAUUUGGACCGAGAAUCCGGGUUCGGAAAGGCAUUCCGGUACUGUUGCGAUCGGCGAUCGGGAAAUAUUAUGGUGGUCGAUUGUCGGCUGGCUCUCUGGAAAGCCUGACGAAGAAUCUUGGACUGAAUGAGAAGAACGUUGUGUCAUUGCGGGAGGAA